AUGUCUUCGGAUCAAGAAGUUCCUACAGAGAACGUUCCCAAGUUCCUCUCUUUUCCCAGCCUCCUUUCGCAGCCCUCUAGUUCAGGUGGAGGACUUGCUCCACAUACUCGUCGUGAAAAACGCCGACAUUACUCCUCUUCCUCUUCCCACUCUUCGGACGAUGAUCGAUAUAAAAGUCAUAAGGAAGAACGUGCACGGAAGGACAGAUCGGCAUCGGAACGAAGAAGGAAUCGCAAUACUGGAACCUAUUUUAUUGAUCGAAGAGAAGACACGAGUAAUCUCGUUUAUGGUGGUACUUACAAGUAUGAAGUACCGCGAUACCGUCGUUCUGGAGGAGGAAAAGUCCUUGGCUUGCCUCCAAAUUAUAGAAUAAGUCGUAAGAGACAGGAAAGUGCUGCUGAGACUAUCGAAGAUAUUAAUUAUUCAAAAAAAGAUAAAAAAAAUACGCGGUAUAUGCAUCACAUACUAGCAUCAAAGGAUAAUGGACGUGAAACAGAAAGACUCCCAAUACGGAAAUCACAUGAUUCCACACCAUUCUGGAUUAAUGAUUUCGUUCCACUGGAUGAUGAUGAAGAUACUAAGCAGACAGAAGACAGUGGUCUCCCGGAUUACAGAGAUAUUACACUGGGAGCGAAAUCUAACGAUGGAGAUGCAAAUAUGCUAUUUAUGGAAGUCGAAGAUAUUGCACCUCAGGACAAGUUGGUCCGCCAAAAGAUCAAAGAGUAUACGUUGCAACUUGCAGAACAUUCUCAAGAUGUCGAUUUAUGGAUUGAGUUUAUCGAAUUCCAAGAUAAGGCAAUGCAGAUAGGCAAAAAGUUAACAUCUGGUGCCACGACUUCUAGUGUCAAUGAAGUCAAGCUCAGCAUUUAUGAAAAAGCCCUGACUGCUAAUCCGGAUAAUGAGAAAUUAUUGCUGGGUUAUCUCAAGUGUGCUGAGAGAUUAUGGAAGACACCAGAACUACUUGGGAAAUGGGAUGAAGUCAUGGCAGCACAUUCACAGUCAGUGUCUUUAUGGAUGGAGUACAUUGACUUUAGACAAACACUUCUUAGUGGGUUCACGGUGAAGAAUUGUGAAGAUGCUUACGCACAGUGUAUUGCUGUACUGAAACAACAGUUAUACGACGACUCUGAACGCAUUGAACAGGCUUUGUUACGCGUCUUUAUGCGUGUCUGCUUCUUCCUAAGAGACUCAGGAUUUACUGAAAAGGCAUAUGCUUGUUGGCAAGCAAUGAUGGAAAUAACCUUUUUUACGCCCAACGAAUUACAAUCGUCUAAUUUUGAGGAUAUCACAGAAGGACUGGAAGAAUUUUGGGGAAGUGAAAGGCCACGCUUUGGAGAGAAGGGAGCACAAGGAUGGUCGUUUUAUUACAACAACGAUGGUUCAACAACUUUACUACAAAAAACUCCAUCAAUAAAUCUCGAUUCUCUUCCUUCAUCUGAAGACAAAUUCAAGUCGUGGCUUUAUCAGGAGCAAGCUCUUGAUAGCGUCUAUCGUUAUUCUUUGCGUACUGAUGACCUUCUUGCCGACACGGAUGCUUCUACCGAGGAUCCUUUUCGACUAGUCCUAUUUGAUGAUAUACGAAAUUAUAUUUUCCCCAUCAGCACGCAGGCAGCAAAGACACAACUGAUAUAUGGAUGUUUCAAUUAUCUUGGUUUGAAUUUCAAUCCUUGUAUUGAUUCAAAGCAUAGCCUUUUUAUGGACUCUUUUUUGCAUUGCGAGGCGGGACAUGAGGUUAUAAUGAAGGAGAAAUUCUUUCAUGCUUUGGGCGAGCCGGAUGAAGAUGUUGCGCCUGGAACAAUGAGCAACAAGACAAAAGAAAGGAGUAAUCUGGGAUGGAAAUAUUUGGAUUUCCCAAUAAAAGUUUUCCCUCAGCAAAUUGAUAACUUAUUUAAUAAUGGGAAAUGGUUUGCUAUGUAUGACGAUUUGGAUAUAAGUAAUGCAGAUGUGGAAUUUGCCGGAGAAGCUUUUGUGCAACUGAAAAAUCUUACAAAGAACAUUGGAGUGCAUGUCUGGAAUUUAGUGCCGCCUCACUUUAUUGGUAGCUCUCAAGGAGUAAAGCUUGCGAAAGAGUUAUUAAGUACUGAUCGCUCAAAUCUAUUGCUAUGGAACUGGUAUGCGCAACUUGAAAAAUCCCAAGGAAAUAUUGACAAAGCCCGUGAGAUAUAUAAGACUGCAAUUGCCAUGGGGCGUUCCUAUGGCAAAGAAUGCGAAAUUGAUGUUCCUUUCCUUUAUCGCAUGUUUGCUGAGUUAGAAAUAGAACAGGGAGAGAGAACUGCUGCCCUAAACAUCCUUCAAUUGCAAAGUGAAGAAGCUAUAUCCAAUACUGGCUUUGGUACGAUAUUGACGGAGGCUCCAAGUAUGGUUAAGUUGUUGAAAGCUCGGAGAUACUAUGAACGACAAAUGGAACAGUUGGCAUCUCUCUCGACAUUAAGAGACGCGCGAGUACAAUUGGAGCGAUGCUGUUGCUUUGCCCUGAUGCAAUACCUUAAUUCAGGAUUGGGGAAAGCUUGUGAAAUAUUUGACCGUCUAAUAAGCUCAUUCGAAACUUUAGGAGAAUUAGAUAAUGUUAAUUGCGAGUUAACGUACAUUACAUAUCCUUUAUUCAAUGUAUUGGCUGUCACCAAGAGUUUGACGGAUCAGAAAACACAUGAACACGAGCACAUUAUUUCAACCGAAACCAACGAGGAAAGAUCUAAAAUUGCCGGGCGCGUUAGGUCUCAGUUGGACACAGCACUUGCAAGCAAUCCUAAUCACGUGUUAUGGACUUUCGCUUUGUACGCGGAGAUGCGUCGACAUCAAAAUUAUAACGUGAAUUUUAUCCGAUCGCUAUUUGAACGUGCUACUGAAUGUCCAAAAUCACGACAUUCCGUAGCCAUUUGGAGUUUAUAUAUUAAUUUCGAAAAGCAUAUCGGGGAUUUCGAGAGAGCAAAAGCUAUUUAUUUCCGUGCUCUACGCGAAUGUCCUUGGGCCAAAAGUCUGAUAUUAGAAGCAUUUACCAUGUCAUCAAUGACAGAUACUGAAAAAGAAUCCGUGAUGGGUUUAAUGAUGUCUACAGGAAUGCGAUUACGUGUUUCCUUUGACGAUUACGAAUAG